AUGGCUUACACAUUCGUCUUGCCUUGCAGAUCGGUCUCCCGUGGCCUUAUCAACCUCGAUUCCUAUGAUGAGCAAGUCAACAUUAUGGGUCAAGAAAGCGAGUACGAUGCAGAUGUAGAAUAUACCGAUAUCGAGGAGGAGGUUCCGGAAAUCGAAGUCAAUAAAGCAACUACUGCAACCACUCAAGCAGCAAAUCCCCUAAUCAUCGCUUGGAGACCCCUCAACACUACACAAUCGGGCAUCUCAGGGGUUGAGGUUGCUCAGGUUGACAUCUUAGCUCAAGCUAGUAUUCUUCAAGACGGAAACUGGCACGCUGUUCAUACUUCGCAGAUUGAACCUGUCCAGACCGAUCUUCCUCGAUUUGGUGGCUGGACACCCAUUAACAACCCACCGACCAACUCUUCGCCAACCAGUCUCACACAAAUGAAAACUUCGGAAACCGAGGAUACUCGAUCUAGCGCCGUUCAUCCUAGUGAUUGGUCGGUCACAGGUGGCUCACAGACCGAUACUUCGCAGGUCACUAGUGUCGAGCUGGAAAAGCCAUCUAGCUACCCACAAAUCUGGAACCUAUCGCAUUUGCGUUCGAGAAACACAACAAUUCCUGCCAUGACGAACAUGGUUAAUGUACCCCAGCUCAAGCUCCAGUUCAGAAGAUAUAAGAAAGAAUACACCUCCGCGACCACUCAAGAGCAAAUCAAAUGGUUCAGAUACCGCAUUGCAUGCUUGAAUCUGGACAAGAAGAGCGAUGCAGAUACUGAAAUGGCAGAUAUAAAGUUACAAUGGGGCAGACUCUGGGAGAGACGUAGAUGGUUGAAGCAAGAAAUGAAGAAGAUCAAGAAUAUUGAUACAAUGGCAAGACGUAGACGUCAAGAACGCCUGAAGUAUGAUUUGAGGGCAGCUUAUGAUAUUGGAUUUAUCAAGUCACUUAAGGAGAAUUGA